AUGGAAGUCAAUUUUUUCCCUCAAAAAUCUUAAUCACUAUUAGUUACUAGGAAAAGAACAAGAGCUCAAUUCAAAGAAGACUCUCAAAAAUUAAUUAAAAAAGUCAAACCAUAGACAACUUCUUCAACAAAGAUUAGGCCGAGGCCUCUGAUUAUAAGGGUAAAGUCAAAAUAUGAAGAAGAAAACAAGCAAUCGAGCUCAGUUUAAAAUAAGGAAACAAACACCAAAGCUAAAUCAACUAGGCAAAGUAACCUCGUUGAGUUUUUCUAAAGAAAGAAAUGCAAAAAUUCAGAGUGCAAACAAGAUUUGCAAGAUGCCUAAAUACUGUGUGAAAUCUGUAAUGAUAGCUAUCAUUGGUAAUGUACGGGCUAGUUCAAGUAACCUCCUUCGAAUACUGAGGAGUUUAUCUGCAAAACUUGUUCGGCUGUGGUAAGAGAGGGGAAAAAGCUUAGAUAAUAAAAUUAAUAUGACUUGGUAAUUGAAUGCUUUGAGUGCAAAUCAGAUCUAUCAGAAGACACAAGGAAAUGUGUUAAAUGCACAAAUUAGUUUCACUCAAAAUGCUUUAACAGAAAGGAGUCAUCUCCUUUAUGCAGUAAAUGUUUAGAAAUAUACGAGCUUGAAGGAGAAGAAGUCUUUCCAAAGAUAGCAAUAGCAGAUUCUUUAGUUUAAUCCCCCUUGAUUUCUGUGAAAUCCAGUAAAAAUAUGAGAAAUUUGUAAUUGACUAACUUCUUCAAGUAAUCGAAGAAUGCAAGCUCAACUUACAACAUAGUAGCGUACACUCCAACAUAAAGCUAAAUUUACGGAGAAAUAUAUUCCUAGGAUAUGAUUAAAAAGCCUCAAAGAAAGAAGUCUCUCUCUCAAACCAGAAAGAAGAAUAUAUUCAAGUUGCCUAAACUUACUGAUGAUCCAAUUCUUGAACAAGAGAUCAGAAACUCUAUUAGAUUAGGGCUAUUUGCCAAGGGCAUGAAAUACACUCAUUAGCAAGUAUUUGAUGACCCUAAGUGUCCCUAGUCUAUGAACAACCCUGAGUUAGAAAGGAAUAUUCAAAAAAUGAUCAAAGAGAAUUAAUAGGUUAUCUACGAGCUGAGAAAAAGAGAGUAGUUAGGCAUUUUACCUCCAGUAUUGAUUAAAUAUGAUCCAGCUUAAGGCUUUUAUGUUGAAGCAGCCUAAGAUAUGAGCGAUCUUACUUUGAUCUGUGAGUAUGCAGGGGAAGUUCGAACCUUCAGAUAAUGUCUUUUUGAUAAAAAUGACUCAAUCAUGGAGUUGCUCGAUACUGGUGAUUCCGAUACUUCACUCAACAUUGUACCGCAAAAGCAAGCUAAUGUUGGUAGAUUUUUCAACUCAAUAAAUAACAGUAGUAAGGAUUCCAAGAAGAAGUAAAACAUCAGGAGUCUCCGAUGUCAGAUUGAUGGAAAAGUAACUGUGCUGAUAUUUACAAAAAGACCUGUCAAAAAAGGAGAAAGCUUACUUUACAACUACAAUGAAGCCAAGAAUUUGUAUCCCACAGAAGACUUCAUUUGA